AUGAAUGAUCAAAUAUUUUAUGGCCAUUCAUUUAAAAAUGCAAAUGCAUUACUUUUCAGAAAAAAGACAGAAAAUGAAAAUCAAAAGAAAAAGAAGAAAAAUGAUGAGGAGGAAGUAAAACAUAUGUGAGUGCUGACAACUUUGACUGGAGAAAAUAUUUUGUGUUUGGUUGGGUCAAACGCUCUUUUCACAUGUGACUGCUGAAAAAAUAUAUGUGUCAGACAAAUGCAUAUUACAGGACUGAUCCUAGCCUCCUCUGCAGGCAUCUCUGUAGCCUGUGAAUGGUUAAGAGAUAACGAGGUUAGAUUAGAUAGGUUAACCUCUAAGGAGAUUAGAUUGAGUCACAGAGAUGAAAGACACAUACAAUGACCAAAGUCUACUUCAUGAAACACGUGCAAUGCUUGCUUGAUCAUGCCACCCAACUUGCUCUUUUAUUCAUUUAAUGUUUUCUCCAUUUAGUGACCAAGUUUCGUCCGCGCUCUUCUUUCAAUACAACACUCAGCUGGGACCACCUUAUUAUAUUCUGGUUGAUACAAAUUUUAUUAAUUUCUCAAUCAAAAACAAACUAGAUUUAUUUCAGUCUAUGAUGGACUGUCUUUAUGCAAAAUGUAAGUAGGAAUCUUUGGGUUGUAGAAUCACUUCUAAAUUGUGCUUUUCCUAGUUGCUUGUCUUGUGUUCAGGUAUACCAUGUAUAACAGAUUGUGUUAUGGGAGAAUUGGAAAAAAUGGGAACAAAAUACAGAGUAGCAUUAAGGUUUGUCUUGUACUUUCACACAUUAAAUUGCAUUGUGCCAAAAUGCACCCUACUAUUCCCAUUGUGCCCAAAUGCACCCUACUGUCCCUGUUGUGCCCAAAUGCACCCUGCUGUCCCCCAUUGUGCCCAAAUGCACCCUACUUCUGGAGAAUGCUGGACUCAUUGGGCUGACUCUUAAAUAUGUAGUACAGUGUGUCAUGCUGAGGUCUGUUUUGUCUGUUUGUUACAGGAUGGCUCGUGAUGAGAGGUUUCAAAGAUUACCAUGUAUGCACAAAGGGACAUAUGCUGAUGAUUGUCUUGUUAAUAGAGUCACCCAGGUACUGUAUGGCGAAGAAAUCAUUGAUAGUAAUUCAUCUGCCUUUCACUUUUGCAUCUGGGCUUCAAUUCCUGCAAUGUGAAGUUAUGUGAUUAUAAUUUUGCUUGAGUCACAUGCGAGUACUUCAAACACCACAGGGUUUCUCCAGGUUAUUCAGAUUCCUCUGGUAAGGAAUGGACUUACUGGACUUCUUGGAAAAACACUUUAAGCUGACAGAGCUACUAUAAAAGGGUUUAGUUUACUAAGUGCCAAUUUAAACUGCUGAAUGAGAACCAGUGUCUUCUGUGUAGAGAUUGAGUCAUAGGGAGUUGUUGACCCUUACUCACUUAGCACACAAAGACUGUCAACCAGCAUGGCCAUCUAGGUUUCAUCACAAUCAUUGUAUAACAUUUCUGAUUGCAGCACAAAUGCUACAUCGUGGCGACAUGUGACCGAGAUUUAAAACGAAGAAUAAGAAAAGUUCCUGGCGUUCCCAUCAUGUACAUCACAAAAUAUAGGUACGACUUUCAUCAAUUGUUUUGUUUUGUAGAAAAAACCAUGAUAUGUAGUUGGCUAAGCUUUUGAUAUCCAAGCCCAGAUGUUUAUUGAAUUUCUCGCUCAUUGGUAAAUGGAUUUUCCAACAAGCUAUUGCACAAUUGAUAGGGGAUCAUUAAGAUUAUUAAGAGCUUGAGUAGAGAUCCAACCAAGGAUUGAACUCGGAUCUCCCAGUUUCACAUAACUGCAAACAACUCCUUGUCCAUUGUGACUUCAGGUAGAAGUGAUAAUUUCAUAAUGAGUAUUUUAUUUUGUUAUUUAGAUACUCAAUAGAGCGGAUGCCUGAUGCUUACGGAGGUAACGUUACUUGUACAUAUCACAUAUUAAUUCUACUGUGCACAUGACAAACAUUUUGAACCGUUAUGCCAACUUUUACAUUCAUCAAUUUUAUAUUUUCAGCUCCAAAGAUGUAAAUGGUGUAAAUAAACAUGAGAUGAAAACUGUAAGGAAUUAUUUUCCGUGCAACGAACGAGGGCCAAUGGCAAUGCAUUAGAAGCACUAAGCGAGAGGACUUAUUCACAAUACUGACAAUAACUAAGCUUGCAGCAUUAUCAUUAUAAGUUUUAAGAAUGUUCUUUAGCGAGAAGGUGCACCUGUAUGUACAAGCGCCGUAAUGUACAUGUUAUGACUGUUAUACUACAUAAAGUAUAUAUGUCAUACCGUAUAAAGUUCCGCAUUUUAAGCGUUUAUUAACGCAUUAUUGUGUGAAUACAUAUAUUUACUGGGCUGCGUAUAUGGUUAUACUUUGCAAGGAACAGUGAGUAUUUAAUAUCCGUUUGUCAGACGUAUUUACAAAUUACAUUAUGAUAAGCGCGUUUAAUUAAAAUAAUAUACAUAAAACAUCUUGCAUAUGAAAGUUUGAUUACAUUAUUUAACUGCAGGUGACCAGGUUAGUUUUAUGACCCAUAAUUGUUCAAUUUAAAUUGCAUAUUCGUAAAAGUGUUUUACGUGUAAAAUACGCGACGAAAAAUUAAUGAUAAUAUAGCUUUUAGUCUUGUUUUAAAACUUGAGCGAAAAAUUACGAAAAAUAGCGCUUUAUUUUAAAAACUAUCAAGAACAAAACUUGAGACUAGUUUUAUCAUAAAUGCAACAAUUAUAUAAACAUUUCUUAAAAACCCUCUUGACAACUUGUGUUAUCCUAAUAUCAGUCCGUCACUAAUUAACGCGCGAGUUGUCAUAGGAACAGCAGCUUCAUUAGUGCCAAAAUAUCAAAAAUGGAUUUAGAUCAAAAACACGUUGUAGCUCAUGGACAUUAAGGUAUGUGGAGUCUUUCUGUACUACUAUAAAAUUCUCUGCGCUAAAAACUAUUGUCAUGUUUGUAAGAGCUAGGCUAGAGUAAAAUGCGAGAUUGGGACGUCUUCUCAAGUGUUGAAAGAAAAUACGAAAGCCAAUUAGAAGCUUUGCGUUUGACAAUACGUCUGGAGAUAAGAAAAUCGAUUGCUUCGAUGUUUGCAUGAGUUUUCUGUGUUAUUGUAUGAGGGAUUUUCAGGGGAAAUUUUGGCGUAAUUUACGAAGGUUUCACAAGUGACAUCUUUUUUCUCGUAUGACCGAAUACACACAACUGAAGAAUUGAUGUUUUCCGUUACGUGGCAGCAUUUUUCGCGCGAGUUUUAUGAUCUGUCAACGUUUCUGUGAUCACAGUUGAAAUUUUGCAUGCAGAUAAAUUCUAAGUUUUGAAGGAUUUGUGAGAAAUGUUUGAGGAAACUGACUUAAUGUUAGACACUAAUUAUUCAGUUUCCUCAAACAUUUCUUACAAAUCCUUCUAAACUUAGAAUUUACCCAUGCAAAAUUCCUUCUGUGAUGACAAGAAAUUUUGAUAAUGUAAACCAGGCUUAAGGUCCACACAGACCGGACGCGAUUUGGCAACGCGACGCGAAUUUUCAGUUUUCAGUGACAUUUAACUUUAAUAUUUUUCAGUGUUUUUCAAAUAUUCGGGACCACUUAAGCAAUUUUAGCUAUUUGGUCUGCAUAUCUUGUAAAAUUUUUACCCGUUGACGGUUUUAUUUGUUUUUGAAAACUGAAAAUUCGCGUCGCGUUGUCGAAUCGCGUCCGGUCUGUGUGGACCUUUAAUACUUCGAAAGCUGACGUGGUUUGUGUUUGAACUUGAUGUCGCGCAGUUGAUACCCAAACCAAACUGAGCAAAAUACUUUCUGCACUGCCCUACACACGUACGAAAUUUUAUACUGCCAAAAAAGUAAAGACAAGUUGUGCGGAAAGCUUUCACUAGAAAUCUUCAGAUACCCCGGAUCUGAUUUCUGGGAACGGUAACAUCUUUACCGUUCAAACGCGCUUUAGAAGGAAAGGAUGAAAAACCUUGUUUUUGUAACUAUUUAAUAACUUCCCAACAUUUAGGAUUCCCAACAGGUUUUAUUGCCACAAGAUGAUCUCGUCAUUCAGGAAGAACAGGAUUCAGAAACCGGUUUCUUGGAACACGACGAGGAACCUGCUGAUGAACUUCGGAACAGCUCGGAAUCUCUCGACAGUGGUUGGGAGACCGACUUAGAAAUCGAAGGUAAGGUCACGUGGUCAAAUGAGCUGGCUUAUUGCCCUUACCAGGCCUCUAGAGGUUUCUACCAGUAUCAAGCAAUGUUUCUAAAGAUGUUCAUAAUUUCAGAACCGACCAAGACUUUCGACCCAACUGGGAGAAGACUCUAUCUUGCAGCAUGUGCAAGUAUCGGUGUCACUCCAGUUUCAUAUUUCCUCCGACAUAUUGAAGAUAAAGAUAUGAUAUUACGUCAUCAUGGACUGGGAGCGAAAGGCGCCAAAGCAAUUGCUAUAGCAUUGGUGGUAAGAUCUUAAACCUUAACACUCAAUCGCGAUUAGCUCGAUAAUGGUCGACCUCACAAUUUAUAGCAGCAAGAGAAUGAAACUACAUCUCUGCGGCAGUUGUACGAAGACCAGAUAGCGCUAUCCACCGGAUAGUGAUUUUUCCACUUUUGUAAAAAUGUUUGAAAAACUGUGAAACUACGGAUAUGGACUUCGCAAUUAAUAAAACGAAACUUUAAUUUUGUUUAAUCUGGGUUAUGCCAAUCAAUGGAGUGAAUGGACGAUUUCAGAAAGUUUGAAAAAUCACUAUCCGCGGUCUUCGUACAACCUGAUUUCUAUUUAUUUGCCUCCAGUUACCAGCCUACUGUUACAUACAACCAAAAGAAUUAACAUUAUUUUCUCGCCUCAUAUCUCACUAUCGUCUGUUGCGCGACAUAAUUGCUUACAGUGAAACUUGCAAAUAUAAUCUCGAACGGUCUGUGGCAGUGCCUAUAGACAGCUGUGGAUUAAAAGUGAUAUACAACUACUUGGAAAAUCUCAGCAGAACUUCCACGUUUCCAACCAAGCGUCGAGAAGUUAGGGCAAAAGUUGAAUUGAAUUGAUUUAAUAACUACUGACUUUGUAACCCAAAAAGGUUAAAUUACACCAGUAUUACAUAAAUUAAGAGGAUAAGUUAAAAUUACAUAAUAAUUACAUAUUUAAGAUUAUUUACAUUUCUAAAAACUUAUUUACUGUUAAUCUUUAAUAUACUUUGAGGUAAAAACGAAUUCUUAAAACGUUCGGUUCUGCAAACAUAAUUAUGAUAUUUACAUAUCGGUCUUAGAUCAUAUCCAGAUAAAACUGUUUGUGGUAAAAGAUCUUUGGGAUUUUCAUUGUCAAUAUUCUUCUCAAAGAAAUGUUCGCAUAAUUUUUCUCGUCGAUCUCUCAGUGACGUGAUGUUAGUCGUGAUCAGCGCUUCGUCGUACUUUUGCGAUGGGAGGAUUAUUCUCAACGCGCGUUUUUGUAUUUUUUCAAUAUCGUCACAUAAAUAUUGUUGGAUCUUGUAAUGCCAGACCUGGCAUGCGUACUCUAAAACAGGCCUAAUAAUGGUAGUAUAUACAGUAAUUAACGUGUCAAUACACGCGUUGGACCUUUUUAGCAGUCUUAGCAUAUAGAGACUCUUGCUAGCUUUUUUAACUAUGUUAUUUAUAUGUUCAUUCCACUUCAUGUUAUCUUGGACUGUGAGGCCAAGGAUACGGGCAGAUUUCUCUCGUUCAAUAUUAACUUUAUCGACUGGUAAAGGGGGAAAGCAAUGCUUCUUUUUUGCAAAAUCAAUAACCAGUUCUUUGCAUUUUCCAAUGUUUAAUUUCAUAUUAUUACUCGUAGUCCAAUUAUUGAUGUAAUUAACCAGUUCUUGAAGGUUGCUGUUACAAUCUGGGCCAAUGGUUUCGGUAGUGGUGGUGUCGUCAACGGAUUUCCAUCGGUCUUUCCAAUCAGCGAGGAGAUCGUUUAUCAUGAUUAGGAAGAGGAUUGGGCCUAAAACAGUUCCCUGGGGGACUCCACCGUUGAGGAUUUGCCAUUCUGACACACAAUGGGGCAUUCUGACCCGUUGGCUUCGUUGAGUAAGAAAACUUCUUAUCCAGUUUGUUAUUAAUGAUGGAACGUCCAUAUCAGAUAAUUUACUGAGGAGGAUGUUAUGAUCGAUAUGAUCAAAAGCUUUGGAGAAGUCUAAUAAAAAAAUUCUCACAGCAUUUUUCGGCACAUCAGUUUCGUUUAAUAAGUGAUGGAGAAGGCUCAAUAAUGCAUGUGUUGUUGAAGAGUUUUUUAGAGAUCCAAAUUGCCGUUUAUCGAUCUUCUCACCAAUCAACUCCAUCAGCCAGUCUGCGACAAAACGUUCACACGUUUUUGACAAAGUGGCAGUAAGCGAGAUGGGACGCAAGUCUUUAGUAAUGUCCCUCAGCACCUUAUUUUUAGGUACAGGGAUGACGUCGGCUUUUUUCCAUACCGCGGGAACAGACGCCUGUUGAAGGGAGGCGUUGAAGAUUGAAGUAACAGGGGAAGACAGCAGGGGCGCAUAAUCUUUUAGGACCCAAUUCGGUAUUUCAUCUGGACCAGCCGCUUUCGAGGAUGAUAUUGAAGAUAAUUUAUAAUAAAAGUUCUGUAAUAUUUCUCAAGUAAUUGUAUCGCUUUCAAAUCAUCAGUCGUCAACUAAUACUUUUUGAAUGAAACGGUUGUAUAGAGUAACACAACUGUGGUGACACUGGAUCUCCAUGACAACAACAUUGGUGACGAUGGUACGAGAUAUAUUGCAGAAAUGGUCAAAGAAAAUUGUUACAUUUCUUCAUUGGUGAGUUUUAAUGGACCAGCUGACUCGAAUUAAUAAUAAUAAUAAUAGGUUUAUUCAAAAACUUAUUGCAGCAAAUGCUGAAUUACAAGUUAAUACAUAAAUUAUCAAGAAUAACUAUAUCUUUAAAAAUCUGUCAAGUUACAUAUUUUACAUGUUAGAAGAUAUCAAUAUUUACAAGUUAUAACAUUUAAAAAUCUAUCAGUAUUUAUGGAAUUAGAACACUUAGAUUCGCUUAAAUGUCGUAAGUUAUGUUUAUGGUUUAUCACAACGCUGUUGUAAUUGAAGAGUUUUUGAGCGGACCAGACGAUUUAUUGUCUUUAGCAAACUUUUUACAAAUGUCAGCGUCCGUGUCAGCGUAGGUAUAGUGACAAGAACAUCAGAAAGCUGUGGAUUGCGAGGGAUUCAACUGCCUGAAAAAUAUACAAGGAAAACUUUGACGUUUCGAGAGAAGCCCCUUGGCUCCUUCAUCUAACUUUCCGAUGAAGGACCUUCGCUCGAAACUUCGCUAGUUGCAUCCCUCUCAAUCCCCAGUCUCUCCUCAAUACCAGUGAGCACAGAUUUCAGAUACCUCGCAUGCCUAGUUACCACUGGUAGGAAAAUGUAAGCAUACAAUGGAACAAAGAUAACCAAGCUUUAAGUCUCGCUGACUAUAAAAUAACUCUUUCUUAUAAUUUUUAUUGUUUUUAGGAUCUUUCAUCAAAUAAAGUUGGCCACAUUGGCUGUGCCGCUAUCUGUGAUCUGUUAAAUAACAGUGGAAUUAUUCAUGAUUUGAAUGUAUCGGACAAUGUUUUUGCUGACAAAGAUGCUGUUGUUCUAGCCGACACUAUUAAGGUUUCUUUUCUGCCACAAUGUUUUUGAAAUCAACGUGCUAUGUAUUUAGUCAGUUACUGAAACAAACUGUGGCGACGUAAUUUCUUCCCGUUUCAGGUUAAUGAACAUUUGACGACGCUAAAUUUAAGUAGAAACCAGUUUUGUGAAGAAGGAGGAGUGGUCCUGGGUCCGAGUAUCAGUAAGUAUCCUUUUUCAUUGUUCCAGAUUGUUCCCAGCUUGCCACUGAAAUCACGUGACGCUAAGACAGAGUGAAAUUUGGUCCCGAGUACGAGGUCACAAUACAUCAGUAUUUAAGUUCUUUGUAUGUUUGCAUGGUGAUAAAAUAUAAUAGUUUUGUUUGUGGAAACACCACGUAAAUUUAUUACUGCAAAGCUUUCGAUCCGUAAGCCCGGAUUUUCAUCAGUGCUAUACAUAUUAUUAGCACUGAUGAAGAUCCAGGGUUACGGAUCGAAAGCUUUGCAGUAAUAAAUUUACGUGGUGUUUCCACAAACAAAACUAUUACAUCAGUAUUUAUAAAUAUAAUACUCCUUUAUCUCCUCAUCCCGCAGCUGCGAAUGAUUCAAUUGAAAUGCUGGAUUUGAGUUUUAACCAAAUACGUCGACGUGGUGCAUUGGCAAUUGCCGCUGGACUUAAGGUUUGUACAUUCAACCACAACGAACUCUUCUGUGUUUCUUGUGCAGAACAUUCGUGAAAAUCGAUAUAACAGGGGGUGGGGUGCCCACGGGCCUUGAAAAUUCUGGAAAGUCCAUGAAAAUGAAUGUCCUGGAAUUUCUUUCCCUGCAGCUGUGCUGAUAAUACUUGAACAUUAUUUAGUCUACUGAUUCUGAAUAAGUAGCAGUGUUUCAAAAAGCAAAGUUCGUGCCAUUUUCAAAGAUUCCUCCCGCUUGAAUUUACUAAAAAACUUCCUUGAAAGUCCUGGAAAACUCCUUCAAUUUCAUCUUCACACUACGGAGUGGAAACCCUAACUAUCUAACUUCGUAUAACUCCAUCCGUUCUAAGCUGAUUUUCUUAGAGUGGUGAGGUCGUCCCUGGUUCUGUGUUGCUACAGAAGAAAACCGGAGUACUCAAUGAAACUUGCGGAGUCUACUGAGGCAAAAUUACAAUCAGGGGCCGGUUGUAUAAAAAAGUGAUUAAAGUUAAUUAUAAUUAAGUGGAAACGUCAUCCAAUAAGAAGCGCCUAUUUGAGAGUUAAUCACUAUUUAACCACAAAAUAGUGAUUAAAAAAGUGAUUAAGAGUUUUAUACAACCGGCCCCAGACAUAUUACAGACAUCGAACCCCAACAACAGAGAUAAAAGGCACCACCAAACUGUUACAUUCACAAUUCGUUUUACAUUGUUCCCCAGAGCAACUGUACUUUGAGAGUGUUGGAUCUCUCAUGGAAUGGGUUUGAAGACGACGGGGCACGUGCUUUAUGUGACUCAAUGAGGGUGAACAAUACCCUGACGGAAUUGAAUAUCAGAAACAACAGAAUCUCAACUGUUGGUGCAGCGCACAUUGCGCGAGGUUUGGAAGGAAAUAACACAUUGGAGGUUCUUAAGGUUAGCACCAUUUACCGUAGCCUGCGAAAACUGCCGCCCGAUUAUCUCGUUCCGUUGUUUUCGCAGGCUCCGCGGUUCUAAAACAAACUUUCUUUGCAGUGGGUAGCCUGCGAUAUUUGCGAGCAAGGGAGAAAGGCGGGCCCAUUGACCACUUGCCAGCCACGCAGGGUUUACAGUAGACAGCUCUAUCAGCUGAAAACUGUUUUCCUUAGAGGUCCUGUAGGGAUCAUACUGUCUCGAUAAGAAAACCUGCGAUUUUUUAUCCAACUGGUGGCACACUCAUACGACUGAGGGGAAAUUAUAAGCAGAUAACUGCAUACUGCAGGACCCCCCAAUACACCCUUCCGGAAAAUACGUCACUUUGGCUAUACAGCCUCGUUUUCAUGUAUAUCACAUUUAAAGCCAACGUACGUCUCAGUCACGAAAACGAGACUCUACAGCCAAGGUGACGUAUUUUCCGGAAUGGUGCAUUAUCGAUGUGAAAAACAGAUGCAACAUUCACUGAAAACACAUGACCAUUACACUGUGCCACGAAAUCCUGAUCGUUGAAGUUCUUGUUUCUCAAGUUAUUUCAUUUCAUUAGAUUGGUCAAAAUCCAAUCCAAACAGCGGGAGCUCACUCCAUUCUUUCAGCAGUGAGAGCGAAAUCAGACAGUGCUAUACACACACUCUAUCUUGAAGACAUCUACCUGGAUGAUGAUUUCUUUGUUUUAUUAAAAACUCUAAAUGAACGUAAAGCAGUCAAGGUUAUUGGCCGAGGCAGACCUUCAGAACGAACACCCCUACAGCUAGUCAAACGCUUUAUCACUGAUAACUAUGAUCACUGGUUUGAAGUAUUUGGGGCGUUUGACCCAGAUGGUUGCGGGCUCAUUUCUAAAGCUCAGUUCAUCCAGGGUUUGAAGGUCAGUAGUUUAAACUCUUUGACAUACGGUUAGCGUGUUGUCCCGUAUAGUAAAUGUCUACCUAAUACCUAAUGUUUUCUGAUUGGCUUCUGAAACAAAAAUAAUCAGUGUUUAUGACUCGUUCUUUAGAAAAAUUAUUUCUAUGGUUUGUCUUUAUUGUCACAAUUAAGCAUUCACAAAGCUUGUUGUAGGUACGGGCGACCCCAGUGCUGCUGAGUUAAGCCUGUUACUGCAGGUAGCUCGAGGGAGAUUAUUACUUAGGAUGGGUGACUACCUUGCUCUUUAUACUUGAAGUGUUUGAAAACCCGUGUAAGUCGAGUUGUGGUUCGUUCUUUCCUGAACAUCGGAAGUUACUUUUCCAGUCCUUUCGUUCCCUCCCUGUCUCUUCCGACAUGACCCGUAUGGUGGCUGCGACAGGAGUCAGGCCUUGGCUACCUGCAAUUUUCUGUAUCAUUUCUAGGAAGUGGAUUUAACGUUUGACAAAGGCCAGAUGUCGUGGUUAUGUAUUUCAUUAACAGAAGAUCGGGGAUCACAAAUCAGCUACAAGUAUGUAGACUGUUACGAGAGUAAAAUCAUUCACAUCAUUUCUUUCACUGCGAAAACUGCUGGUUGACUGUAACUUUGUACCCAGGGCUUCUGUGCUUGUGCUCUGCUAUCUCUUGCAUUCCUACCGUAUAUACCAUGUUUACGUGAGUAAUUUUGUGUUUAGAAAACCUGCUGAGAACAUCAAGAAGAAAAUCCCCUCAGCGAAAGCGUCGCCCAAAUCUGCCACCCCUGCUACGCCAAGCAAGAAGAAAAACAACAAAAAAUCUCGAUGACAAACUUUGCAUGCACGCAAAAUGUUGCAAAUAAAAUAUACUAGAACAAAUAUUUUAUUUUUUGUUAUACGUUUUAUCCUUUUAGAAUAUUUAGCUUCAUAAAAAGCCUCCUCUAUCUAGAGCCUAGCUAUAGGGAAGUUUUAGAGUUUCCGAAACAUACCAAGUUGAUCGCGCGUGGACAGUUUGCACUGAUAGUCUUUCUACAUUGAGGUUGAUGGGAAGUUCAUUUGUGGAGAUAAUGAAGGUGAAGAAGACGUCUUUAGUUUGUAAAGUGAAUAAAUAAAUAAUCUUAUGUAUCAAUUUAUACCAGAGACAGAUGAUCCAUCGGACGAACUUGGCCAAAGAAAGACAUUUCCUCGUCACCCAUGAUCAGUCUAAAGCCGGCAUUAAGAUGAAUUGUGAGGGAAAAAUCAGGUAUGAUAACUAGUGACGUCAAUCCAUGGUAAAUACUCUGGACGCUAUAUCAUCAAUCAGCCAAUCAAUGCCAUGCAAUAGAUUCUCACCAGUCACCGCGCUACACCACUGGAUUUGCCAGUGGUGACUUUUGAUUGAAUCCAGUUCUAAUGC